GAUGGACACCACAGGCAAGGGUUUUUCCAAUUUGAUUGCUUUACUUGCUACUUUGUCAAGAUAAAGGAAGAUGACGUCAAGACCGGAGCUGCAGGCACCGCCGGAGAUAUUCUACAACGACGAUGAAGCUCGUAAAUACACCUCCUCUUCUCGUAUUAUUGAGAUUCAGGCGAAACUUUCGGAGAGAGCGCUGGAGCUUCUUGCAUUGCCCAAUGAUGGCGUCCACAGAUUAUUGCUGGAUAUUGGUUGUGGAUCUGGACUCAGCGGGGAGACAUUGACAGAGAAUGGACACCAAUGGAUUGGUUUAGAUAUAUCGCAAUCAAUGUUGGAUGUUGCGUUGGAACGUGAAGUCGAGGGUGACCUUGUACUUGGUGACAUGGGUCAGGGCUUAGAUCUUCGAACUGGGGUUAUUGAUGGUGCCAUAAGUAUUUCAGCUGUUCAGUGGUUGUGCAAUGCUGACAAAUCCUCUCAUGAGCCGCGUAUAAGAUUGAAGGCUUUCUUUGGGUCAUUAUACAGAUCUUUGGCUCGGGGAGCAAGGGCAGUGUUACAAGUAUAUCCUGAAAACCUAGCUCAACGUGAGCUGAUCCUGAGUUUUGCCAUGCGAGCUGGGUUUUCUGGGGGUGUAGUUGUUGACUAUCCACACAGUACAAAAAGUAGGAAAGAAUACCUUGUGCUCACUUGUGGUCCACCAUCACUAAGCAGCGCUGCUCCACGAGGAAAAGGUGAAGAUGGUGAGAGCUGUUCUGAUGAAGACAGCAGUGGAGACGAAGAUAAUCAAUCAGUUUGUGUAUCAGACAGACAUAGACCAAGGAAAAAGCAAAAAUUAAACAAGAAGAUGAAGGGAAGGGAAUGGGUUCUGAGGAAGAAGGAACAGAGGAGGAGAAAGGGGACUGCCGUGCCUGCAGAUACCAAAUACACUGCCCGCAAACGAAAGGCACGCUUUUGAUGGUUAUCAAGUCUUAUUGGUGUGGUUCCACUGCAGUGGGAACUUUAGAUGAAAACUCUGAAUCUCAUAUCAAAUACAUCCGAAUUAGUUUGGACUACACCAAAUUUUGACCCCUUUUUUUUGGCUAUUUCUUUGUGAUUGCCCGAGAAAGUUGUUUGUGGGACUCGAGUGUUGUCCUAAUAUUACUCCAGUUGUGUUAUAAUAUUCUUGUUUUAUGUUGUUUUGCAAGACAAA